GAAUAACGAAAUUUAAACGUGUGCUCGAAAUAUUUGUGACAUUUUUUCCUUUCACUUUUUCUUUUACUUGAUAUAGUUUAUUCAUCAUGACAAUAGAUAAAAAUUUUUUAAAUGUGGUAAUAUUGAGUUUGGGCUUUAUGCUGGUAUAUACAGCAUUUCAAACAAUGGGGAAUAUAGAGAAGACAGUGCUACAAAGUAUUAGGGCGGAAAAUCCAAACUUCACCGGCGAUGCCUACACUAGCUUAGCAAUAAUCUAUGCUGCCUUGGCCACUUGUAAUUGGUUGGCACCAUCUUACAUCUCGAUGACAGGAUCCAGGGUCGCAAUAUUUACCGGCGCUUGCUGCAACGCCCUUUUCAUAGGAUCUUUCCUCUGGCCGCAAACCGUGUUACUCUAUACCGCAUCGUGUAUUCUAGGUCUUGGAGCUGCUUUAAUAUGGACUGGGCACGGGCAAUAUUUAACCAAGUGUAGUAACUCAGAAACGAUGUCUAGAAAUGCCGGAAUAUUUUGGGCGAUUUUUCAAUGUUCGAUGUUUGCUGGUAACCUUUACGUAUACAUUAUGUUCACCGAUUCUGACAUAAAGGCACCGACGAGAAAACGCGUCUUCAGUGUGCUCACUGGAAUAGUGAUCGUCGGUACGUGUGUGCUAGGUACUUUGAGGAAGACAUCGGAUAAUCUAGUUUUGGACGAAGCUGAAGGAGUUUCGAGUGCGGACAGAGAACUCCGAAUACUGGAACCUGCGAGAGAGAAGCCACUAUUAGCUGCCUGGUAUGCUUUAACCGAGGCAUUUGCACUUUUUAUUACGCCAAGAAUGCUUUUGUUAUCUUUGACAUUUGUUUACACUGGCCUGGUGUUAACAUUUUAUUCGGGUGUGUACUCGGCGAGUAUUGGAUUUACGUGUGAGAUGGGACCCAUGCGUAAAAGUUUAGUCGGUCUUUCUGGGAUUUUCAUUGGAAUCGGAGAAGUAAUUGGUGGAGCCCUUUUUGGCAUUUUUGCUUCGAAGGUAUCACGUAUUUUCGGCGUGUGGUCUGUGAUGAUUAUUGGAUUUUGUGUACAUAUAUUUGCUUUCGUUACUAUCUUUCUAAAUCUACCAAACGAUUCGCCGUUUGAAGAUACCGAUAGUAUAGGAUACAUUAAACCCACCCCGACUUUAGCAAUGGCUGGUAGUUUUGCUCUAGGUUUCGGCGACGCAUGUUCCAACACUCAAAUCUAUUCGUUGUUAGGAUUACUUUAUAUACGAAAAAGUGCUCCAGCUUUUGCACUGUUUAAGUUUUGCCAAUCAGUUGCAGCCGCAGUAAGUUUUGCUUACAGCAGUGCCUUAUAUCUUUAUAUACAGCUCCUUAUCUUAACAAUAGCAGCAAUUAUUGGUACUACUUCCUUUUGUUUUGUCGAAUAUGUUACAAGAACAGAAAGACAAAAUAUACAGUCGGAAGCUAAUUUGACAAUUGAUUAAAUUGAGGGAAAAAGGGAAGAAGAAAAUUCAGGAUUAAACGAUGUUUGAGCAGCACAAGAAAGUAAAUAAAAAGUUAUUUUAUUCGGUCAUAGAAAUAGUGAUACAAAAUAGUAUAUCAUCUUGUAAGAACAGAUUAAUAUAAUUUUGUGAGUGAGAGAGUAUGAUUGGGAGAGUGCAUGUGUUGUGCGAGACAGGACAAUGCCUAAGAAAGCGGCGAUCGAAGAGAGACGUUAAAUCGACAAGUUCUAACCGAUAUACGUCCAUCUCGAAGAAGUUCCAGUGCAUGUGUUUUUCUCUUUUUUUUUUUUCUUUUUUUAAUCCAAAUAUGUUAGACUUCAGUGUUUACUCAACAACAGGCUUAACGUAUUACUAAC